AAAAUUCAUAUUAAUGAAUCACACAUCUAUCAGUAACACUUUUCCUCAUUCUACCUCUUCUUCUCUGGGGGCCCCCUCCACACACAUGCUGCUGACAGGAUCUGUCCUGGGCUCUGCCUAUGACUGACAUCAGAAUAAUAUCGACUCUGUGUUUUUCACACGUGUUCCUUAGUGUCAUUAAUAAGAGACAUUUAAUAACCGACUGAAGUAAAGAGUGAACAAGCGGUUUCCUCUCGCAGUCUCAUCUCAUGACACACUGAGCUCUCUCUGUGUGGGAGGGCGGUCCAUGAAGAUGAGCCUGCUAGCACCCGUACAGCAGGCUAGUAGCUGUGCGGAGCUAGCGUGCUACCAAACUGAGCAGUUUAUUUUCGGGACAGCACGAUGAAGAACAUCAUGAAGUAUUACAGACUUAUUCCACUACAGCAUAUUGACAACAUCAGCGGGAGCUAGGGGCGUCUCUUCUCCGCCACAGCGGGUCUGUCCCGACCCCUCCGUGUCAUUGUUCGGAUGGACUAACGUUAGAGCUAGCGCCGCUGCUUGAGACUUCCCGAGCGGGCACGAAUGGGAUUCACUCAGCUAGCCGUUGCUAAUGGUUGUGCUGGCAGACUAGCUUCGCGGCUAACCGGUUGGCGUUAGCUAGCUGACACAGUUGGUUGACAUCGCUCAUCUCGUAAUUACCGGGCUCCUGAAAUAGCGGAUUAGUUAGCACGACCAUGCCUCCCAGGCCCUCCUCAGGAGAACUAUGGGGGAUGCACUUGAUGCCCCCCAACAUCCUAGUGGACUGCCUUCUGCCAAAUGGCAUGAUUCUCACGUUGGAGUGCCUCCGGGAGGCCACGCUGAUCACAGUCAAGCAUGAGCUUUUCAAAGAGGCCAGGAAGUACCCUCUUUACCAUCUGCUGCAGGAGGAGAGCUCCUACAUCUUUGUCAGCGUCACCCAAGAGGCAGAGCGGGAGGAGUUUUAUGACGAGACCAGGAGGUUGUGCGAUCUCAGGCUCUUUCAGGCCUUCCUCAAAGUCAUCGAGCCAGUGGGCAACAGAGAGGAGAAAAUUCUUAAUAGAGAAAUAGGUUUUGCCAUUGGAAUGCCUAUAUGUGAGUUUGAUUUGGUGAAAGACUCAGAAGUGCAAGACUUCAGAAGGAACAUUUUAAAUGUUUGCAAAGAGGCCGUGGACCUCAGAGACAGUAACGGACCCCACAGCAGAGCUUUGUACGUGUAUCCUCCCAAUGUAGAAUCCUCCGCAGAACUUCCCAGGCACAUCUAUAACAAGCUAGAUAAAGGUCAAAUCAUUGUGGUGAUAUGGGUUAUUGUGUCACCCAGCAAUGACAAGCAGAAGUACACCCUGAAGAUCAACCACGACUAUGUGCCGGAGCAGGUGAUUGCCGAAGCCAUCCGUAAGAAGACACGUAGCAUGCUGCUCUCCCAGGAGCAGUUAAAGAUGUGUGUGCAGGAGUAUCAGGGAAAGUACAUCCUCAAAGUCUGCGGCUGCGACGAGUACUUGCUGGAGAAAUACCCUCUGAGUCAGUACAAGUAUGUGCGCAGCUGUAUCAUGCUGGGAAGGAUGCCCAACUUGAUGCUAAUGGCAAAAGACAGCCUGUAUUCCCAGCUGCCCAUGGACACUUUCACCAUGCCGUCAUACGCGCGGCGAAUAUCCACAGCAACGCCCUACAUGAAUGGGGAAACAGCCACAAAGUCUCUCUGGACUAUCAACGGAACGCUGAGGAUCAGGAUACUGUGUGCCACUUACGUCAAUGUCAACAUCAGAGACAUUGACAAGAUCUACGUCAGGACGGGGAUAUACCACGGUGGAGAGCAGCUGUGUGACAAUGUCAACACUCAGCGCGUGCCCUGCUCGAACCCCAGGUGGAACGAGUGGCUGAACUACGACAUGUACAUUCCAGACAUCCCCCGUGCUGCCCGGCUCUGCCUCUCCAUCUGCUCUGUGAAAGGAAGGAAAGGGGCGAAAGAGGAGCACUGUCCUCUGGCCUGGGGCAACAUCAACCUGUUUGACUACACCCACACAUUAGUAUCAGGGAAGAUGGCUCUCAACCUAUGGCCUGUCCCACACGGCCUGGAAGACCUGCUCAACCCAAUCGGUGUCACGGGCUCCAACCCCAACAAGGAAACACCUUGUCUGGAGCUGGAGUUUGACCAUUUCAGUUGCCCUGUCAAGUACCCCGAUAUGGCCAUCAUCGAGGACCACGCAAACUGGAAUAUAUCCAGAGAGCUUGGCUUUAAUUACUGCCACACCGGUUUGAGUAACAGACUGGCGCGUGACAACCCCCUGACUGACAGCGACAAUGAGCAGCUACGCCAGGUGUGUAACAGAGACCCGCUGUCUGAAAUCACUGAGCAGGAGAAAGACUUUCUGUGGAGGCACAGACAAGACUGCCUCAACAUGCCAGAGAUCCUCCCCAAGAUCCUCCUGGCUGUGAAAUGGAACUCCAGAGAUGAGAUUGCACAGAUGUAUUGCCUCCUGAAGGACUGGCCUGCUAUCAAGCCAGAGCAAGCCAUGGAGUUGCUGGAUUGCAACUUCCCUGACCCUAUGAUCAGAGAGUUUGCUGUAAAGUGCCUUGAGAAAUACCUAACUGAUGACAAACUCUCACAGUACCUCAUUCAACUGGUUCAGGUUCUAAAGUAUGAGCAGUACCUUGACAACCCGCUUGCACGCUUCCUGCUAAAAAAGGCAUUAACCAAUCAAAGGAUAGGACAUUUCUUCUUCUGGCAUUUAAAGUCAGAGAUGCACAACAAGACAGUCAGCCAGCGGUUCGGCCUGCUGCUCGAGUCGUACUGCCGGGCCUGUGGCAUGUAUCUGAAGCACCUGAGCAGACAGGUGGAGGCCAUGGAGAAACUCAUCAAUCUCACUGACCUCCUCAAACAGGAGAAGAAAGAUGAGGCGCAGAAGGUUCAAAUGAAGUUUCUGGUGGAGCAGAUGAGAAGGCCUGAUUACAUGGACGCCCUGCAGAGCUUCACCUCCCCACUGAAUCCAGCACAUCAGCUGGGAAACCUCCGCCUGGAGGAAUGCAGGAUGAUGUCAUCAGCCAAGCGGCCUCUAUGGCUUAACUGGGAAAAUCCAGAUAUGAUGUCAGAACUGCUCUUUCAGAACAACGAAAUCAUCUUCAAAAAUGGAGAUGAUCUGAGGCAGGACAUGCUGACGCUGCAGAUCAUUAGGAUAAUGGAGAACAUCUGGCAGAACCAAGGCCUUGAUCUCAGGAUGUUGCCAUAUGGUUGUCUGUCAAUCGGCGACUGUGUGGGUUUGAUUGAGGUGGUGAGGAACUCUCACACCAUCAUGCAGAUCCAGUGUAAAGGCGGCCUAAAGGGGGCACUGCAGUUCAACAGCCACACACUGCAUCAGUGGCUCAAGGAUAAGAACAAGGGAGAGAUGUAUGACCAGGCCAUAGAUCUGUUCACACGGUCAUGUGCAGGCUACUGUGUAGCCACGUUUAUCCUGGGCAUAGGGGACAGACACAACAGCAACAUCAUGGUCAAAGAUGAUGGACAGCUGUUCCACAUAGACUUUGGCCAUUUCCUCGACCACAAAAAGAAGAAGUUUGGGUACAAGAGAGAGCGCGUGCCCUUUGUGCUCACACAGGACUUCUUGAUCGUUAUUAGCAAAGGAACUCAAGAGUGCACCAAAACAAGGGAGUUUGAAAGGUUCCAGGAGAUGUGUUACAAGGCGUACCUGGCAAUCCGGCAGCACGCCAACCUCUUCAUCAACCUCUUUUCCAUGAUGCUGGGCUCCGGGAUGCCUGAGCUGCAGUCGUUCGACGACAUCGCUUACAUUAGAAAGACGCUGGCUUUGGACAAGACGGAGCAGGAGGCCCUGGACUACUUCAUGAAGCAGAUGAACGACGCUCACCAUGGCGGCUGGACUACCAAGAUGGACUGGAUCUUCCACACAAUCCGCCAGCACGCCAUGAACUGAAAUGACGCGAGAGAGGAGUAAAGGACUGCGGAGACAACAGCACACUAAGAACCAAAAGAAUAGUGAGAGGAGAGCGAGGUAUUUUCCCCAAACACACUAAGGCCUGGUUAAUACGUCUGCCAGCGUGUGACUCUGAAACAUUACCUGCCAGCGCACCACAAAAUAAGGGUGCUCAGAAGGGCCUAUUUCAGGGACAUGAUGCUUAAAUGCUCCUGUUUCUGCAGGUUUCUGAAUCUCUCCUCCCUGCACUAUGAACUAAGGCAGGGCGGAGUGUCAUCAGUCUUCUUCAUAGGAACUAAAGUGUAAUGGACCUCGACAAUGUUGACAGAUUUUUAUUUUUCUUAUUUUUUAUUCCUUUCAGUACAUCUACAACCAUCAGCAUUAAGAAAGGAACAUCAUGAAGUGGUGUACCAUGAGCACAGCCGGCUUUUUCUAAGGAUGACCUGACAAGAGUGUAUCUGCUUUAUUUCCACUACCUAUUUUGAACUGAUGAAGACGGGGGGGGAGAUAUCGGCGCACACAGCCAGGCCAGCUGAGACAGAAUGAAAGGGACAAUGAGGAGCUGACGUGUGCCCACAAAAAUCAUAUUACCCUCCUUUACAAUCAUAAAAAUCAAUCACCAACACUAUACCACAGGACUGACAGAGGACGUGUUGUUAAACACUUAGCUAGCAUUUAAUGCUUUUGGAGCAACUGAACUUAUUUGUAGCCUACAGAUGACGUGUUCUCAGUUUAGAAAUCACGCCAGAUAACUGACUUUUGUACAGCAGUAUAUCCAUAGACUUGUAUGCAUUCGGUGCACAUAUUCCUUUUUGAGUCUAUUUUCUACUGAGCCAAAGUACUAGAUGUUUAACCCCACUACUCAGCAGUCUUAUUGUAAAAAAGAAAAAUAGUCACUACUAUUCCAAGUCUCUCGUGUGUACUCAUAGCACUGAUCUCUGCAGUAUUUGUUUUGUUUCGUCUAUCAGUAUUAUCAUGCGUCCGGCGUCGAGGCACAAAUGUCCGUCGUCCACCCCACACAGUCGGACCGGAGAAAACCUUUCUGAUGGUCAGCCGUUUAGGAGGUUAUGAAUUGUGAUAGGGUUGGGUACCGUUCACAUUUUACUCGGUACCGAUACCCAGCAGUACCUUUUUUACUCUUCUCUAUUCACACAUAGAGCUAAGUAUCUGUCUUAGCUCUACCGUGUGCCUGUGUGUGUCUGCCCGUCUCUGUCACGCUCUUUUUAGAAUAAGUAAGCAAUUAAAAAAACACCACCUCAAAUGGCAGUGAUACAAGGCUAUUUCUAAAAUAAAAUAGAAAGGAAAACAAACCAGACCAAACUGUCGAUGCUGCAGCUCGCUGGGAAGCUGAUGUGGCGCUUCCACUUCAUUUCUGAACUGCUGGCUUUGCGCAACUUGUCUCAGUCGCGAAACGGCACGUAGCCGGGAAGUUGGCCCAGGAGUUUGCGGGCAGCUUCCUGGCUUCAGAUCACUUUGCGGCACUUCUGACUCCUUAAAGAACUUACCAGCUUCGCAAAGGUCCGUUGUCUUUGAUGUAAAGCACCCUUGACGUGAGCAGCUGGCCAAGGAUUCACGCAGGUGGCUUGCUGGUUUCGGCUCACUUAGGGGCACUUCUGCUUCCUUACUUAACCCACUGGCUUUGCGGAGCUUGUUGUCUCCAGAGCAGUUAUCUCCAUUGCAAAGCGCAUGAUGCCAGGCAGCCGGCCGAGGAAUUCCAUGGGCAGAUUCCUGGGUCCGGCUCGCUUAGCUGCACUUUCGCCUCCUCCAAAGUGAAUCUGUACUUGUCAGUACCGAUGUAAUUCAGUCCGUACAUGUAGAAGUAGAGUGCGGUACCCAACCCUAUAAUUCAGCUGUUAAAGGCAAAGAACACAGGGGGAAGAGGAUGUGUAGUGUUCCUUUUGUGUGCUGUGCUGUUACACUAUGCAAGUUGUGAUCCUAAUAUGUACUGUAUCCUGCAAAAAAAAAAAAAAGAUGUCAGAGUAAGGCAGAGAGAGAAAUGCAUCUCCCCCGACAUACUCACACAGACAAGCGUGUCAGUGAACUUCGUACAGACAGUACAUGGAAGACAGAAAAAAAUGCUGCACUGUAACAGAAUCGUCUACUUCUUCCCGACAAAAAGAACUGUGAGAAACACCUUUGGACCCUGCCUUUCGCUUCUCCUUACCAGGUUUAUAUUCGGAGCUUCAAUCUAAGCCAUCUGUAAAAUGUUUGAUGAGUUGAAUUUCGCUCCUGUCCUCUUGUUCUCAGAUAAUUGAAGACAGACUCACGUUCGCCAUAUGGUCCCUGAUCGUGACAUCCAGGUAAAGAAAAGCAACCGAAGUGAAUUUUUAUUUUUUCAACCUUCCAAGUGUCUUUCUUCCCUCCUCUUUUCCUACAAUUGUCACCCUUAUGUGUGGAAGAACAGUCUUUGCAGGUUCGCUAGCUGCACAGACGCAUACGUAAGAGGUCAGUAGAUGUUCCAGCUUUACCAAAUGAUACACCACAGGGCGGUUUCCUGGACACUCAAGUCCGAUUUUUUUUUUUGUUUUCUGUACAUGGGUAAGGACUUCAAAAUGCUCAGGAAACCGAUCCUACUGAGAUGCAUGUGCUUCUGUACAGGCUACAGAGCAGUGGGCCGGACCCAAACUGAGAAAACUAGACCCUGUAUACUUUAUGGAAGAACUCUCUAGAUGAUGCUAUUUCCCUUUGUACUUUGUUUUCUGUUUCUCACACUGCAUUAUGCAUGAGGUCCUCGAAUAUCUACUUUUUGUUUGUUUGUUUGACCUGAUGUUGUUUACUUGAAUUUCAUGUAUAGAAAUGACCUUGUUACUUGUGUGAGGUACAACAAAGUCACAAUGAAGGUAACAGAUACUGAUAACUGCUACUACAUGUGCAAAUGCUUUCCUUGAAUAACUACAGAGGUAAUAUAUUUUUGUAUUUUUAAAUGUACGCAAACUCAUAUAUGUAAACUGCUAACCAAAAAAACAAAACAAAGGAGGAAUCAUGCAUAACGUGCGCCAUCCUCAUACAAAACCCAGUAGACAGCUUCUAGUUGUUGAAAUGAUAUGAAUGACAGAGCAGAGGUGGAUCGUUUGAAUGAAGGACAAGGACUUGAUGCUGUUGUCAGAGUACGAUCUUUACGUCGAGUGGAGAUCUCUUGCUGUAAGUGGAAGUCUGUAAGCACAAUAAGGAGGAAGAAGCUACCCUGCAUGUUUUAAAAACCAGAUCCAUAUGUAAGUUGUAUAUCCAUCUGUAUAUAUAUCUCAUAAAACCUCUUCAAAUACUUGUUUUAGUCAUCCUCAUUAUGACCAUGUCUGAUAAACUGUAUGCAUUCAUUUAUUGUACUGUUGAAUAAAAACAUUUCUCCCUAUAUAAAUACAUCACCAGGUGGUUUAAUUACAGAGCUUGUUUUGCAGUCGAUCAAAAUAUAAUUUACAAGGCACUUUGCGUUUUGCUUCAUGAUAAAGAUUAACAUUCAUGUAGGAUAUGGCUAAUGUGAACAAUCCUUAAAGGAAUACUUCACCCACAAUAUGAGCAUUUAUAUGUAAAUCACUCAGCCGAUGUCACGUAAAAUUAUUAAAAGAAAACUCCAUAGUGAACAAAUUAUCCAAAAACUGAGAAAUUUCUUGUAGAAUUGAAGUCAUAGGGGUCUGUGUUAAACAACGGCAAAACUGUAUCAAAACAUCCGUCUACAAACUCACACAACUUGUGCGGUAUAAUCCAUAUCUCAUUUAUCCAGUCAUAUGCUCAGUACCUCCCAUAGACCAGGGGCAACCUUUACUAUCCACAUACUAUCUACAUUUUUGGCCACAAAAGAAAAAUCUGUCCGGAGCGGCAAAACAUAUUUGAGCCUCAUAAUAAAGGUAACACAGCCUUUUAAGUAUAUUAAAACCGCGACAAACAACCAAAGGCCAUUGAAAACAUGGGUGUUUUAAGAUUUGUCUUGUAAGUGUCAGUGGAGGGGAAAGAUUUAAGAGAGAGCUGAAGGCUAUUCCAAAGCUUUGGAACAGCUACUGCAAAUAAAUGAAAAGGCAGCAGGCCAUUUUAGUUGUGAGAUUUUAAAACAUUUUUUAAAAUCACUGUAUGAGCUUCACAUUUUUAAAGUUGAAGAAUGUAAGGAUUAGUUUAGGCCCACAACAAUAAAUGAAAAUAUAAUAAUGGUUAUUCAUUUCCGUAUAAUGUUCUGUCAAAGCCACAGGGAGCCACUGGAGAGGGGCCAAAGAGCCACAUGCAGCUCUUGAGCCGCAGGUUGCCGACUCCUACCCUAGACUGAAAAAAAAAAAAAAAAAAUGGACGUAGCCUCCGUGAAUUCAUCGUUUUUUGGACUGAAGCCUCAAGUUUAGCAUUCCAGCCGUCGACAUUAUGUUUCUGUUGGCACCGGAAGUGACCAUAUUUGGGCAAGAGGUUGGAGCUGACUGAGAAGCCAAGGACGUUAUAGGAAGGUGGCCUGUCACUCAAAG